AUGAAGCAUUUUUCUUUCUUGUUACCUAUAUUUUGUUAUGUAUACCUUUAUCUCUUUCUUCUCCUUACUUUAAACAGAACCGUAUCAUUAGCUUUGGAAUUAGGAAACCAAACUGAUCAUUUGGCUUUGCUCAAAUUCAAAGAAUCUAUAUCCAGUGAUCCAUAUAGAAUCCUUGAUUCUUGGAAUGGUUCCCUCCACUUUUGUAGUUGGCAUGGGAUCACAUGCAAUCUCAUGCAUCAAAGAGUUACAAAGUUGGAGUUACAAGGAUACAAGUUGCAUGGAUCCUUAUCUCCUUAUGUUGGCAACCUCUCUCGUAUAAGAAGCCUCAACCUUGGAAAUAAUAGCUUCUUUGGAAAAAUUCCAACGGAAUUGGGUCACUUGUCACAAUUGCAUAGACUCUUUCUAACCAAUAACUCGUUUGCAGGAGAAAUUCUUAUGAACUUGACAAAUUAUUCCAAACUUAAUAUUGUGUACUUAUAUGGUAACAAACUCACCGGAAAAAUACCAACUGAAAUCGGCUCUCUUCAAAAGCUUCGUUACAUGAACAUUGGACAAAACAAUUUAACCGGACAAGUCCCGCCAUCAAUAGGUAAUCUUUCUUCCUUGAUAGGUUUUGGGGUUAAUUAUAACAACUUAGAGGGAGAAUUUCCUCGCGAAAUAUGUCACCUUAAAAACUUGACAUUAAUAACAAUGGUUGUCAACAACCUAUCCGGUAGACUUCCACCAUGCCUUUAUAAUAUGUCAUCUCUUACUUUCUUCGCAAUCACAUUAAAUCGCUUUGGUGGAUCUCUUCCACCCAACAUGUUCCAAACUCUCCCAAAUCUCCAAACUUUUGAAAUAGGUGGGAAUGAAAUCUUAGGUACAAUCCCAACGUCCAUAUCAAAUGCUUCUACCUUGACAUUAGUUGAACUUGCUGAAAAUCAUUUUGUGGGACAAGUUCCAAGUCUAGGGAAACUCCAAGAUCUAUAUUUUCUAAAUUUUGAAAUGAACUUUUUGGGUGACAAUUCAACUAAAGAUUUGGAUUUUUUAAAAACAUUGACAAAUUGUAGCAAGCUACAAGUAGUUUGUAUUGUUAGUAAUAAUUUUGGAGGUGUCCUUCCAAAUUCGGUUGGAAAUUUAUCCUCUCAACUUAGUUACCUACUAUUUGGGGAUAAUCAGAUAAAAGGAAAAAUUCCAGGAGAGUUAGGAAAUUUAAUAAACUUAAAUCUCUUGGGCUUGGAGGAAAAUAAGUUUGAAGGAAUUAUUCCACUUACUUUUGGAAAGUUCCAAAAUAUGCAAGUGUUAGAUUUGCGGGCAAACAAGCUAUCAGGAGCUUUACCUUUUUCCAUAGGCAACCUCAGUCAAUUGUUUGACUUGCGUAUGUCAGAAAAUAAGUUUGAAGGAAAUAUUCCUAUAAGUAUAGGAAAAUGCCAAAUGCUACAAUAUUUAAAUCUUUCCCGAAACAACCUUCAGGGAGACAUACCCUUAGAAGUUUUUAGAAUUUCAUCCUUGAGAAAGGGAUUGGACUUGUCACGUAAUUCACUGAGUGGUAGUCUACCUAAUGAAGUGGGUUUGCUAAAAAAUAUUGAAAACUUAGAUGUCUCGGAAAAUUAUCUGUCAAGUGAGAUUCCUAGAACCAUCGGUGAAUGCAUAAGCCUAGAAAACCUUCAUUUACAAGGAAACUCCUUCCAAGGAACCAUACCUUCCAAUUUGGCAUCUCUCAAAGGUCUUCAAUAUUUAGACCUGUCAAGAAAUCGGUUGUCUGGAUCAAUUCCUGAUGUUAUGCAAGACAUCCCUUAUUUAAAACACUUGAAUGUUUCUUUUAACAUGUUGGAAGGCGAGGUCCCAAUAGGCGGUGUGUUUGGAAAUGCAACCCAAGUAGCAAUUAUUGGAAACAUUAAGCUUUGUGGAGGAAUUUCACAGUUGCAUCUACCACCGUGCCCUGUCAAGAGUAUGAAACACCCUAAAAAACACAGUUUCAAGUUGAUAGCAGUGAUAGUUAGUGUGGUUUUUCUUCUCCUCAUACUUUCAUUUAUUAUAACUAUCUACUUGAUGAGGAAAAGAAACCAAAAACCAUCAUUUGAUUCACCAACAAUUAAUCAAUUGGCUAAGGUUUCAUACCAAGAAUUAUACCGAGGAACUGAUGGGUUCUCGGAUAGAAACUUGAUCGGAUCAGGAAGUUUUGGUUUUGUGUACAGAGGAAAUCUUGUGUCACAAGAUAAUGUUGUUGCAGUAAAGGUAUUGAACCUCCAAAAGAAAGGAGCACACAAGAGUUUCAUUGCUGAAUGUAAUGCACUCAAAAGUAUUAGACACCGUAAUUUAGUUAAGAUCUUAACAUGUUGUUCUAGUACAGAUUUCAAAGGUCAAGAAUUUAAAGCUCUAGUUUAUGAUUACAUGAAAAAUGGAAGCUUAGAACAAUGGUUGCAUCCUGAGAUUUCAAAUCUAGAGAAUCAAACAUCAUUGGACCUCACUCACAGAGUAAACAUCAUUACCGAUGUUGCUUCAGCAUUACAUUAUCUUCAUCAAGAAUGUGAACAGUUGAUCCUUCAUUGUGAUCUAAAGCCAAGUAAUGUACUUCUUGAUGAUGACAUGGUUGCUCAUGUGAGUGAUUUUGGCAUAGCGAGACUUGUCUCAGCCAUUGAAGGUGCUUCUCAUAAGGAUACAAGUACAAUUGGAAUAAAAGGAACUGUUGGCUAUGCUCCUCCAGAGUAUGGAAUAGGCUCUGAACUGUCAACAUGUGGUGACAUGUAUAGCUUUGGAAUUCUAAUGUUGGAAAUGCUUACCGGUAGAAGACCCACAAAUGAAGUUUUUGAAGAUGGCCAAAAUCUGCAUAACUUUGUUGCAAAUUUGUUUCCUAGCAAUCUUAUGAACAUUUUGGACCCUGGUCUUGUAUCAAGAGAUGCUGAAGUAGAAAUACAAGAUGGAAAUCGUCAUAAUUUUACUCCAACCGUUGAGAAGUGCCUAGUUUCACUUUUUAGGAUCGGACUUAAUUGUUCAAUAGAAUCACCAAUGGAACGGAUGAAUAUUGUGGACGUCACUAAAGAGCUUAGCAUAAUUAGAAAAAAAUUUCUCGCUGGUGUUCACACUUAUAAUUAG